AUGAGGGUCAAUAACAUCUCAGGAAACAUUCCUCUAGAGAUUGGAAAUAUGAACAAAAUGAAGCUUUUGUAUCUAAGUGAAAAUAACUUCUUGGGGAAGAUACUAGAAUCUAUUGGGAAUUUAAGGUUGUUAACUGAAUUGGACUUGGCUAGCAAUAAUCUCCAAGGCUCGAUACCACCGUCUCUAGGAAACUGCCAGAAUCUACUUCUCUUGAACCUAUCAACCAACAACCUCAGCGGUAAUAUUCCCCCAGAAAUUGCAGGCCUCUCAUCUUUGUCGAUUUACCUCGACUUGUCUCAUAAUCUUACCGGCUCCCUUCAAAAAGAAGUUGGAAAAUUGCAAAAUCUCGGGGAACUACGUCUUGACAAGAAUAUAUUAUCUCAACAUAUUCCAAGCAGUAUUGGUAGUUGUAUAAGCAUGGAACGCCUAUAUAUGCAGGAUAACUUUUUAGAAGGGCCUCUACCAUCGACUAUGAGAUCCAUGAGAGGCCUUCGGGUUUUGAAUUUUUUGAACAACCGAUUGUCCGGCCAAAUACCAGACUUUUUAGGGUCGCUAAAUUUGACGAAUUUGAGCCUUUCUUACAACGAUUUCGAGGGCGCAUUACCAACAAGAGGAGUUUUUGUAAGCUCCAUUUCAACAUCAAUUGUUGGAAACAAGAAGCUCUGCGGGGGUCUACCAGAUUUUCAACUACCGAAAUGCGAUUACGAAGAGUCAAAACGGAGGAGAACAAGCGAAACUGCAAAAGUUCUUAUAUCUAUAGUCUCUGCUAUUAUAGGAGUGGCCUCCAUGCUCUCUUUGUUAUACUUCUUUUGGUACAAACACAAUAAUAAAGCAUCAACUUCAAGAGCUUCUCAAGAUGGACUUUUGCAUGUUUCUUAUCAUAGUCUAUUGAAAGCAACAGGUGGAUUCUCCUCCACCAAUCCGCUUGGCAUGGGCAGUUUUGGGUCAGUGUACAAAGGGCUUCUCGAUCAAACUCAGUCGAUCGUGGCCAUCAAGAUUCUCGACCUUACACGUCAUGGUGCUUCCAAGAGCUUCAUAGCCGAGUGCGAGGCCCCGAGAAGAAUCAGACACCGUAAUCUCGUAAAGGUACUCACAGCAUGUUCUGGGUUUGAUUUCAAUGGAAAUGAUUUCAAGGCAUUAGUCUAUGAAUUCAUGUCAAACAGUAGUUUGGAUGAAUGGCUACACCCAAAUGCAUCGCAAUAUAUGGCGAGAAGCAAGUUGAGUCUACUUGAAAGAGUGAAUAUUGCCAUCGAUGUUGCUUGUGCACUGGAUUAUCUCCAUCAUCAAUGUGAAAUGUCGAUAGUCCAUUGCGAUCUGAAGCCAAGCAAUGUCGUUCUUGAUGAUGAGAAGAACGGACAUGUAGGUGAUUUCGGUCUUGCCAGGUUCCUGCCAGAAGCAGCACAUAAGUUAUUGAUCGAUCAAUCAAGCUCUAUUGGAGUAAAAGGAUCUUUCGGCUAUGUAGCUCCAGAGUACGGCUCAGGUAGUGCGGUAGCCAUAGAAGGAGAUGUAUACAGCUUCAGAGUCCUCGUUUUGGAGAUGUUCACAGGCAAGAGACCGACUAAUGACAUGUUUGAAAAUGGACUGAACCUUCAUCACUUUGCAAAGGCAGCUCUGGCAGGCCAAGUGCAAAAGGUAAUCGACCCCCUUUUGCUUCAGGAAAACCAAGAGUGGGAGAAGAGUCAAACCGUUGCUCCGGAUGGCAAGAACACAAGCUGGUUUAGUAUCCUGGAGUGUUUGGUUUCAAUCAUCGACAUAGGAGUCACUUGCUCUUCUGAGUCUCCAAGGGAACGAAUUGACAUUAGUGAUGCGUUGACUAAACUUAAAGGAAUCAGGAAGAAACUUCUUGAGUUCAUUAUCAUUGCCUAGUUGAUGUCAGAUGUGAACUUGAUAUGCAGUGAUGUGGUCUUCAUGGUCAUUGCUUUGUCUGGAAUAGGA